AUGUCGGCCAACGCCCUUCGCCCUAACGGUCCCCUGAACAAUGGCCAGAAGACCACCGAUAAGUAUCGCUGCAAGAUUGGUGGAGAGUGGAGGCCUUGGUCCAGCUUCUCGAAGAAGCAGCAGAAGCUUGUCCAAGAUAAGCUUGAUCAACGCGUCAGCAUCGACCAUGCCAACAGCGGCAUGGUCUGUCGUGUCCACUCGGGCGAGCCUGUCAAGGAGAUCCGAUGCGAGGGCCCCUGUGACAAGAUCCAGGUUUUGGACCAGUUCUCCAAAAAUAACAGAACGAAGGGGGUCAACAUCUGCAAGUCUUGCCAGCACUGGAUCAACACCCAGGAACCCGGCUAUACUCCCUGGGCCGGCCCUAAUACUCAACUGGAUCCCUUGGAGGAUACAGAUGACUACGAGACCCGCCUCCCAACUGAACCGUCUGACAUCUUUGACUUUCAUAGCGAGGCUGAAAGGCCUCUCGCUCCCGUCACUGGCACCAACGGCAUCACUGUCCCAGGAAAUGUCGAGACGAAGCUUCAAUCUCUCAGCAUUAACGACUCUGCUAGCCAUAAGAUCACCGCCCCAACCCUGGGUAUUGACAGCACUGCCUUUGCCAAUCGAAAGGCUAGCUCGGUCAUCUCGAAUAACACCGAGACGGGUUCGGAGAGCUUGCUCAAAGGACCAAACAUAUGGUUCACGCAUGCCAAGAUUGCCCAGAGCUAUAGGUCUGGCAUCGAAUAUAACGCCUAUGACUCGACUGGUCAACAGCACCUCAAGACCAAGACUCACACUGUGCAGUCUGGCCAUUCCUCCACGAUGAGCUCCAUGGCUGCUGCUUCGAACAGUCACGCCCAGACCGACGAAAGAGGUCGCCCUCAGAGGGCAUCGAACGCUCAGGCUCACAAUCCCGCCAGAGUUGUACCUAGCGGCCCCUGGCCUGGAGAUCGACAGCGCGAUAGAAAGCAGCUCACCGAGCAGGAGCAUCGCGACCUCCAGAGAAACAGACCUUCCAGACAGCCCGUCACUGUUCCUUACGGCAACUAUGACGACGACGAUGACGAUGAGUGA